AUGACACUCUCUAGCACCGAUGCAGGAAUAGGACUUAUCUACCCUGUCGCUUUUGCUGUCUUCGCUUGGUACAUUGGGUCUUGUUUCAUCUCUUGGUACCGCCUGCGCGAGUUUCCAGGUCCAUUUUGGGCUUCAGUGUCAUAUCUGUGGAUUGGACGACUUGCUUGGGGCGGAGAGCACUACAAAGUACAUCGCGAACUCGGCCGGCAAUAUGGUCAUUUGGUACGGACUGGCCCUAACGAGCUUGUCACUGAUGACCCCGAAGUCAUGCGAAGGAUGUCCGCGGCUCGCAGCCCGUACCACAAGGAUACUUGGUAUUUGGGUGCUCGUCUGAAUGCCUACCACGACAACAUGUUUCUGAUUCUUGAUGCUCAUGCGCACGAUAAAGCCAAAGCAAAGAUAUUCGGUGCUUAUAGCGGAAGGGAGUUUCCUGAGUUGGAGCGUGGUAUUGAUUUCCAGGUGAACCACUUGAUGGACAUCAUCCGCAGUAGAUAUGUUCAAAGCGUGGAUAAAGCCGGACUUUCUCGUUCGCUGGACCUUGCGCCUCUUAUGAGCUAUUUCACCUUGGACGUUAUCACUCAGGCGGCCUUUGGUAAAGCGUUUGGCUACCUCGACACCGAGUCCGACUUGUAUGAAUGGUUCGAGACUCUUCGAGCAUUCUUCCCUUUCGCAUCAUUGAGCGUGAACGUUCCCUGGAUUCGCAACUUCUUUUACUCGCCCAUCGUUCUGAAGUUCUUUGGUCCCAAAACCACAGACAAGAAGGGCAUUGGAAGGCUAAUGUGGGUGGCCCAAAAUGAGGUCAACAAGCGAUUCGACUCCGGCGCUAAAGAGGAGAAUGAUAUGCUUGGUUCCUUCAUUAAACAUGGUCUGAGCCGUGAAGACUGCGAAUCUGAGGGUCUUUUCAUGGUUGUUGCGGGCUCCGAAACAACCGCGUCGGCCCUUCGCGUGAUCAUGCUAUACGUUAUGACGACUCCACGCGUCUACCAAAAGCUCAAGAGGAUAAUCGCAGACGCGGUCCGCGAUAGAACAGUUUCGAGCCCGAUCACAUAUGAGCAAGCCAAGAAGAUUCCCUACUUACAGGCUGUCCUGACUGAGGGACUACGCAUGCGCCCGCCCGCCCCUUCGUUGUUUCCCAAGUCCGUCCCUAAAGGCGGCGACACAAUCCAUGGAAAGUUUGUUCCCGAAGGUACCGCUAUUGGCAUGAACACCCCGUCGUUGAUGCGCUCAUACGAAGAAUUUGGACCCGACCCGGACGUUUUCCGACCAGAGCGAUUCAUGGAGGCCGAUGGGACGCAGCGUGCUAAGAUGGAGCGCACUGUUGAUUUGCUGUUCGGCUACGGACGCUGGAUAUGUGCCGGAAAGCCAGUGGCGCUAAUGGAGUUGAACAAGGUGUGCUUCGAGUUGCUACGCGCAUUCGAUUUCCAGCUAGAGAAUCCCUUGAAGCCAUGGGACACGGAAGCCUAUACCAUCUUUAUGGAAUACAACUUCUGGGUAAAGGUGACAGAUGCUAAAUUAAUGGAGCAUGCUACUGGCACC